AUGCACGGGGGCCUCCUGCUGUGUUUGACUUUUUUUGGAGUCGAGGCAAUCUCACGCGGCCAUCAUCCCAAGAGACUUGCAGAGAAGAAUUUAGUUCCACAUGCAGUCGUAGAAGGAGUUUUCUCCGGGAUAUCUCACGCAGAGACUUCCGACACGAUUCGUGAGGAAUCAAUCCCACAUGAAAGGCUCCAGGCUUUCAGGAAUGCGUCCCCUGAUUUUGACAGGCUCUAUCGGUUCCCCGCUCAAGUGGAUGAGGCACAAGCAAAGGGCCUACUAUCACUCCAGGAUGGCGCGUGUGCGGGUCUCUACUGGGGAAAGAAAGAGCUCGUCAGCCGGAUCACGGGGACGUUCACCAGUUUGCUGCGGUUGGAAUGUCACGAGAGCUGGUUCAGUUACACAGAGUGGGCGCGGACGAAAACUUGGCGAGAGUGCGCUCGCACCGGAGUCGGAUCACAUCAGUAUUUUUCCUGGGUGAGGCACCAUGACAAACCCGACGGCGCGUGCGUGUUGGUCACGAGUGUACGAAGCGGCGUUACCAGAAACGACAUGGAAGAUUGCCUGGUUGACGUGAAAUCACAUAAAGAAGUUGCCGUUGCUGGAGUCGUCGGAGAACACAGUGGCUGCACCUCCUGUCAAGUGGCUGAGUGGUCUGAGACUGCGUGCGAUAGCUGGUGCGGUGACGGACUACAAGGACGAUUUCGGGACGUGGCUCAGCACACGAACUCUGGACACUGCAGUGUGGCAGCGGACUCCUACUGCGACUUCUGCCCCAAUCUGUGGGAAGUUCGACAGUGCAAUGCUGGCACAAACUGCGCCACCGGAAUCAAACCAGGAGUCCGUUUUUGCCCCGAAGGAGCAGGCAAAGAGGAUACAGCAGAUGAUUGGCGUGACUGCGCUGAACGAUGCUUGAGAACAUUUGAACAAACAGGUGGAGACACGGGCGACCCCGCUAGUUUUUUCGAAGCGAAAUGCUUCAGAUACUCGUUCAACAAUGCGACAUCCUCUUGCAUUUUCGAUCAUCUUCACAGUUGUCCUGACUCUUCAUCGAUCAGUGAUCCCCAGUGGAUUUCCGGAGACAUCUUGAGCAUGCCGUCAGCCGAUUUCACGACCGUCACGUGGCACGAUUGGCAAGAGUGGAGCAGCUGCCACGAUGUCGACCCGGCAGUAGGCUGGAAGAAGAGGACGCGAGGGGCCAAGACGUGGGGAUACCGUCCAGACUCCUCUCUCUCUCCGUCGCACUGGAUAUCUGUUGCUCCGUGUGUGGAGGGUGCUAAAUUAAUGAAGAGUGACCUGGAAUUGGCAAUGAAUCCCGAGACGAUGUGCUGGGUGUAUAGUGACUUCGCAGACUGGUCAACAGUAUCCUGCGAACCUGAGUGUGGAGAAAACCGCAAGAAGACAAGGACCAGACGAGUUCGGCAAACUCCUGUGAAGCAACCAGAUGGUAGCAUAUUAGAAUCGUGUGCUUCCACGGAGGUUUCGCUACAGGCGCGUCAACAGACGAAGGAGUGCCCCGGCUCAGUGACAUGUGAAACUGGGUGCACGUACACAAAAUGGACGGCUUGGAGUGAGUGCCGUUGCUUCGAAGGGUCAGCAGGUCGGCAGGUCCGUGCACGCGAACUCCUUGGAGGGAGCCAGUUAACUUGCACGGAUCUCGAGGAAGACAAGUUAUGCGAGAAAGUCUGCGAAGGCAAUUCUUCUACGUCCACGGUUGCACUUGGCGGUGGCAUAGGGGUACUUGCUGUGGCUCUUUUGGGCUUCGUCGGAUAUAAGUGCUCGCGGGCCGUCCCCACUGAACAACCACGGCCGGCCCACAUGUAG